AUGUCGCAAGUGAAGACUUCCAAUGUUGAGCCUCCUGUUACCUUGGAUCAUAAGUCGGAGCCAGUAGUCGAGGUCAAACCAACUACUUCAGAUGACGGAAAUACGACGGACGGCAGCGCUCCCUCUGUCAAGGCCGACCACCCACAAUUUGCACGAAAAGCCUCUAUCAGCGUCUCAACUACCAACAUCUCGUCUGGCUCUGACAUCAAAUCGCCACAUAUAAAGCCUGAAGUUACAGAGGAGGAGAAGUCAAAAGUCGACGCUAAAUCAACUGAGAGUGUUGAUGGCGAAAAAAAGUCAGACACGCCGACAAUCGAGGAGAAAUACGCUAGGCUGCUCAAAAGAUUCGAAGGUCUUGAAAAGAAGCUCAAGGAUAGUGGCUACAUAACUGUCGAAGAAUCAGAGAUACUUCCCGGGGAAGGAGGAACCGAAGAGAAAGUCGAAGAAGAAGAAGAAGUAAAGCCAGAAAAGCCCUUCUCGCUCGACGAGCAGAUCAAAUAUGUGUCAAGUGAAGAUUGGUGGAACGACAAGGUCAAGGCAUUGUGGUCCAGUACUGAAAGCCCGCAUACACUUAUCGUAUCUAUGAAACCUGCUACCAUCAACCCACAUAAUUUACUUGAUGCGGAGACGACAGAUGUGACAAAGGAAAAGCCAGCAAAAGAUAGCAAGGAACCGCCCGACGCUUUGGAGAACCUAGACCCCGACAGAAUUACAAUCAUGUGCCCCACACUUUUGGGGGAGAUUAGCAAGAUUAGUGGUGCUAAGUUCGCACCAAACGUCAAUAUCCUCGUCGCACCUUUCAAGCCACUGAUACCGUUUCGCGACCAGUUUGAAGAAAGCAUGGCCGAGAAACAGGCUUUGUAUGAAAAGCUUGUUGCGGAGAAGGAAGUAGUUGAAAAGAAAAAGCUACAGGAACCGGCUGAGGGUGUCGAGAAGAAGGACAAGGACGGCAAGACUGAGACACUGGAGUCACCAAAAGAGAAGAAGAAAGAAGAAAAGGACAAGAAGAAAGACAAGGCCAAGGAUGAGAAUAAGUCCGAUGAUUCUGACGCCAAGGACAAGAGUAAGGAGACUGAAGAGGAAUGGAGCACCGAGGAUCAAACGCGCUUGAAGGAAGCUCAGAAGAUUGCUAAUGGGAUGAAGUGUAUUUUGUACAUCUUUGAUAAGCACCUCACGAUUACUACCGAAAUCCGACGUCAAAUCAAGGCGGGGACACUCAAAGAAAUUGCUUUCGAUUACCUCUGGCAUCUAUUCAAGCCAGGAGACUUCAUUGUUUCCCGAAAGCCUAAAGAGCAAGCAUACCGUGUCCUGCAUGCGGGUGGUGGACGAAGAUAUCGUGACCCAGGACUGGAUUACGAGGGGAAACCAGUCAUUAUCAGCAUGCCCAAGGCGGCUUCGAAUUUCUUCAUUGAUUGCUACAACAUCGACUACGACGGGAAGAACUAUGGCGCUGCGCCUAAAACAUUUUAUAUCACACCGUACGAGGGAUUACGUGCGAUCACAGCUCUGGAUUAUGUUCCCCUCAAGUUACUGCCCGAGUCUGACCGAGCUGCGUUGGAAACGGCUUUGGCUACUAGAGGCAAGAAGUUUGUGAGGUUGGUUCGGAUGACGCAUGUGAGAUAUAGAGGUCUCAGUGUGAAGGAAGGAAACUUUAGGCAUGAGGAGCUCGACGGUGAUGCCGUGAUCGAUUUCGCAUUGGCUUUCAAGAACAGCAAAGCACCAAACGAAAUCGAGCAUCCUCUUUUCGGGGGUGAUAUCAUCGAAGAACCAACCAAACCAGAUUCCAGAGAGUGGAAAGAAGCUGUUCAGGGAUGUGCUUCUAUCGGUCACUGCGAAACUCUGUACUCUUACGAUGACUCUGAAUUUGAUGUGUCCCAACGAACUGCUUUCAUCAAUCUUCCUAGUACUAACUUGGAUACUGUAUCAGCGGAUGAGGGUAAACUUGGCAGAGAUAGACAUAUGUUAUUGCCAUAUCGUGUCUAUGGAUAUCUCCUGUUGAGUCGCAAAUGGUAUCCUUUGGAUAUAGAUCUUUGCCAAGACGUCAAGGAAAUCAACAAAGAUGCCCCAGAUGGAUUCGCAGAUCUCGUUCUUGAGGAAGAUCACAAACAGAUUGUCCGCGCGCUAGUUAAGACUCAUGCUAGAGGACCACGCUCAGCACCUACUAAGAAAGACGACUCUUUGGCCUCCCGAGAUAUCGAUAUUGUGAAAGGGAAGGGCAAGGGUCUCAUUAUCUUGUUGCAUGGUGUCCCUGGUGUUGGGAAAACCUCUACUGCAGAGUGUGUCGCCGCGAACACUAACCGCCCGCUAUUUCCUAUUACUUGUGGUGAUAUUGGCGGAGCGACUGCAAAAGAAGUUGAAGACAACCUCGAGUCGUACUUUGACCUAGCAAGAGAAUGGGGAUGUGUACUACUCCUUGACGAAGCAGAUGUGUUCCUUGGCGAGAGAACGAAGGGAGACUUCGUACAAAACAGUCUUGUAUCAGUCUUCCUCCGAGUUCUAGAGUACUACAGUGGCAUCCUAAUCCUAACCACAAACCGCGUCGGACAAUUCGACGAAGCCAUCAAAUCCCGCGUCCACAUCUCCCUCUACUAUCCACCGCUAACCCGCAAAUCCUCCCUCGAAAUCUGGAAAAUGAAUCUCAACCGCCUCACCCGCCAAGACCAACUCCGUCCCAACGGUCGUCCCAUAAUCUUCUCCCGCAAAGACAUCAUCGAAUUCGCCAAAGGCCACUGGGCCGACAACGAACCCACCAAAACGAAUUGGAACGGCCGCCAGAUCAAGAACGCGUUUCAAACCGCCAUUGCACUUGCAGAAUGGGAUUAUAUGGAAAGCAAAGGCCGGCUGCGAAACGAUGUCUCUGGCCCGCUCCUCGAAGCUAGACAUUUCAGACAAGUCGCUGUCGCGAGCGCUCGUUUCGAUAAUUACCUCCAAUCAGUGCGCGACACGGACUCGAAAAACGCGCUCGCGAAACUAAACCGCAAAGACAACCACGUCGAUAAAGGCACGCCCACAGACACAGGCCGCAAAUACCCUAGCUAUCAAGACAAGACCCGCUCUAAGAAACCCAUCGCAACAGGGAGCACGAGCGAUGGCAGCGAAGACAGUGACAGCCCGAGUGAAGACUCCGACGACGAGUUCAAGGUGAAGAAACAGGAGAUGGAUAGUCUGAGGAUGGAGAAGGAGAAGAGAGCGGAGAAGAAGGCGGAGGCGGAGCGGGUUGCGAAGAGGGUGGCGAAGGAGGCGAAGAGGGCGGCGGUUAAGGAGAGGGAGGAGGAGAGGAGGAGGGAGGAGUUGCUUGCGAGGGGUGGGGAGAGUCAUGAUGAUGAGGAUGAGGAGGAUGAUGAUGAUUAUUGA